GGUUGUUGAAGCGAAAUUCUAAACCACGUGGGUUACGACUUGUUUCAGCGUUAUACUUAAAAAAUAUAUUUUUUCAAUUGUUGUAAUUUUCUAUCACGUGCAUCACGUGUAGAGUGCGGUAUCUUGUGCAAUGCAGGUUAAAGGGUAUUUGUAAUCAGCAUUCAAAAAAAACAAAGAAGACUUGAUAUAUAUAUUUUUUUUAUCUAGUAACGACUUAAACGAGACAUGAGUUUGUUACCGAGGACAGCGGAGGAGUUCAGCUCUGCGGAAUACUGGGAACGAUUUUUCCGCAAACGAGGAGAAAAAGCUUUUGAGUGGUAUGGGGAUUACACGUCUCUAUGUGGAGUGCUGCACAAGUACAUUAAACCACGUGACAAGGUUCUAGUUGUAGGUUGUGGGAACUCCGAGCUAAGUGAGCAGCUUUACGAUGUCGGCUACCGCAACUUAACCAACAUUGACAUCAGCGAGACAGUCGUUGCGCACAUGAACCAGCGAAACGUGCAGCGCCGUCCCGACCUCCUCUUCCGUCAGGUAGAUGCCACACAGACAGGAUAUGAAUACGGCAGCUUCCAUGCUGUUCUAGAUAAGGGAACAUUAGAUGCCAUGGCUUCGGAGGAGGAGGGUGUUGUGGCGAGCAAAAUGCUCGCUGAGGCGGCCCGGGUUCUGGCUGUUGGCGGCCGCUACGUCUGUGUGACCCUCGCCCAGGAGCAUGUGAUAAAGCUGGCAGUGGAGCAUUUUGCUGAAGCCGGCUUUGCUAUACGUAUCCACUGCCUGAGCCAGCAGGACACGGACUCGGAGUCCUCCUCGUUCGCUCUUCCUGUGUUUGUUCUGGUCUGCACCAAGUUCCGCCAGCCACCGCCAUUCAAACUACUGGAGAUGUGCCAGGGGGAGGACGGUGCCCCGUGUAGACUGGUGUCGGUUCCGGAGCUAUUAGCUGCGGUAAAGGAAAGCCAGGCGUAUGCAGUCAUGCUACAGAAACUUAGAAGUGCCACGGACUCUGCUAGCACGCCUUCCCUCACGCUGUGCCACGCUGCCACCGGCCGUCCCCGAUACACGCUUACGGUGCAGGACAGCCCACCUUCUGUCAAAGUACCCCGUACCAACCACUUUGCCAUCUUUAUUGUUCCUCAGGGUCGAGAGUCCGAUUGGUUAUACGGUUCUGCCGAAGGUCGCACUCAGCUCGCCGCCAGCGCAAACUUCCGCCGGUUGAUCGUUGUCGCAAUGCAUCGAGAACAGGAAUAUAAAGACAUGCAAGCGGUCCAGUCCGAGCUGUCUCCCAUGGUGAUGGAACUAGCUCCUCCUGGAAUGCCAGCCAAUCAACAGGUGCCAUUCCUUUCUGUAGGAGGUGACCUGGGCUGGAGGGAGGUGGUGGGCCGGGGCAUCAGUGGCCUGACAGGCGAGUAUUCAGUUGAAGAUGUUCGAGGAGAGGACGGUCAUCUCUACCGUAGGUUAAUCUUCAUGAGCAACACUCAGUUGGUGCAAUCUGAAAGCCGCCUGCGAUCCACCGCUACAACUGGUCCAGCUGGAUCUGCUCAAAAAAAGAAAAGCAGGAAGAAAUCGAAAGCCCCUGCUGCUGAAACUCCAGCUUCUGCUCACAAAAACCACACUGUAGAUCGAGGGUUCCUUUGUUGUACUCAUCAUGAGGUGAUGAUCGCAGGCCUUGCCAUGCUUGGAAAGGAGGCCAUCAGUAAUAAAGAUGGUCAGGUGUCGGUGUUAGUGGUGGGGCUGGGCGGUGGAGGGCUGCCUCAGUUCAUACGCGAUUUUGUGCCAGGUGUGCACGUGAAGGUUGUGGAACUCGACCCGGCUGUACUGGAGGUUGCAAAGACCUGGUUUGGGUUCCAGCCUGAUGACAGACUGGAGGUGAUCCUGGGAGAUGGUCUAGAGCACAUCAGCACGCUGGAGAGUAAGGGGGGACAUUCCUAUGAUGUCAUCAUGUUCGAUGUUGACAGCAAGGACCGCUCCCUGGGUAUGAGUUGCCCUCCUCCCGCUUUUGUAGAAAAAUCCUUACUGGGGAAAGUCUGCAAGUUGUUAACUCCUCGAGGACUGUUUAUGUUAAACUUGGUGUGUCGUGACUCAGCUCUAAGACAGUCAGUGUUGGAGCGUUUGCAGGCCGUGUUCCCAACCGUGCUCUCUCGCCCUAUCGAGGGCGAAGUGAACGAGGUGCUGCUGUGUUCCCAAGGUGGAGGUGAACAGGAUAAACCAAACCCCAUCCCAAAAGAGCUGCAGCAAGCUGCCAAAAUCCUACAGGGGGCGAUGCAGAGCAACAAUCAGAAGACUCAAUUUAACCCUCAAAUAGACAUUAGUGCAAUGCUGAGAGACCUGCGAGUAGCUUGAACUUACUGUCUGGACAUGGUUCAGAAGGAAAAACAGUAUAUUAUAGUAUUAAAGUAUAAUAUGUAAUAUAAUCUUUUUAAAUGUUAUUGAAAGGCUUGCUGUAAAUCCAGAGCCGUAUGAUAUUUGGUUGUCAUAAACAACAUUGACUUCAUCU